GUAUGAUCUUGCAUGUUGUACUCGUUUUCGUCAAAAGAUAGUUUCGUAAGAGCAUGAAUUUAUAGAACUGGAUGUAAUCGUCGCGCAAAAAAACGUUCAGAAAAGAAUUCUCUUGCGUUGCAGACCAUUUCAGAGAGAUAUGUGUAACGAAAAAAUGGAUGCUUUUUCUUUUGUUUUAUUGACCUGCAUCUGCACGUAAAAAUCUGUUCUGUCGCUUCACGUUACGAUUUCUCAUCGGUUCAAAUUCUAAAUGUGAAACUGUGCGAGUUAUUUCCAGUCUGCUCAAAACUGUUAUUCACAGAUGUGCUAUUGAUAAUUACUCAGGUGAUUAUAUGAAGUUUUCAAAACAAAGCACUUUGUUUUUUCCAGGUUACACAUAAAAGUGAACAUAUUUGGCAAUUACUGUUUGCAUAUCGAUGUAGGUAACUUGUCCAAGCAACUAUGAAGGAAGAAAUUUUAACUGCUGUUAUGUUCUUUAUUCGAUUCAUCGAGAAAAGUGAUUCCUUUCCCAGAGAUCAGUUGGAAAACUUCAAAAAACACCUUACUGAACUUCUUUUAGCAAGGUUUGAGAAGCACUGGUUUCCCAACUUACCUAGUAAGGGCCAAGGAUAUCGUUGCAUUAGGGUCAACUGUGUUAGUCCAGUGGACAUCACACUCGAGUUGGCGGCUAGUAAAUGUGGACUUAGUUACACCGACUUGCGUUUACCAACCGAACUGACGGUUUGGGUGGACCCUAAUGAAGUUUGCUACAGGCUCGGCGAAUCGGAAGGUUCGUACUGCACCCUAGCAACUUUCUCGUAUGGGUCUGGUGGUCAAGAAGAGCAGUCGUCGGAAUCGUCAGUACUAUUAUCAGGCGGAUCCUCGUCCUCGCUGACGACGACCUCCUCGUCGUCGGUGACGUCAUCAGCCUCGACUACGGCGCCCGGUGUCGGCAAUGGCACGGUCGCCGGUGUGACGUCAUCACCGGCAUUAUCUCGCGACAAGUCCUCUCCCCACCACCAUCACCAUAACGGCCACCAGCAGCCCCGAAGGAUACAAAAGAAUGGAAUGGGCCCUGCUGCCGUGCCGACGCCGAAUGGGUAUCACCCAGCAGGGGGUAGGCAUCAGGAUAAGUACGGUGGAAGGGGACAUCUUGCGGGAUUGACUAUGCCUGUGGGCAGAAGCAAGUCCAGAGAGAUGAACUUUAACUUCAACCCGAGCCGGCCAUUGUUUAGAUGUGAUGGACCACCUUAUCAACUGACACCAGCAUUGUACAGAAACAUGAAUUACAACAAACCGCACUACAAGAAUGUCUUAAGAGUCUAGAUUUCUUUGUGUGUCCCCAGUAUCUAUUUAGGAUUAACGGUAGAUAGUUAUUCCAGCCAAGCAGCUCUUAAAUGUCCGACGCCGAGCACCGUUUGAUGAGGAACACACGAAUUCUUCAUUUUAGAAAUGUACAGUACAAUUCAAUCUUAUGAAUUUGAGUUGAGUCGCAGACUGAUGAACAUAUAUAUGGAAUUUCGAAUUAUAAGCAAUUUUCGUUAUUUGCUACGAUUUACUGUGAUAAUUCUCUGUUUGAGAUGUGGUGUAGUCCUCACGUAAAUACUUAUACUUGUUCUCAAUGUAUGAUUAAGAGCUAUAAUCGAGUUUCUUUUAUUAAGAGAGAUUAAUGAUUUAUGAUGAGAUUUUUAACUACUUAUAUAACAAUAUUAAACCUGACAAACGAUUUCUAUCUCAUUCCAUUUUCAUUUUCUUAGUAGUGAAUAAUCAACAAAACAUAGGACAAUAACAUUCCACUGUGCACAAUAUCUGUUUUCAUUCAGCAUUUAAACAUUCACGUAUAAACAAAACUGAUUACUUAUAUUACUUGAAGUGCAUUCAGACUGUUUCUACAACUGCAUUUUUCUCUCUGUUAAUUUUUAAACUUUCUACUUUUUAUUACUAGUCAUUAAAACAUAAGCAUUUAUUUUUGCCAAUGCUAUCAUGAAAAAAUGCACAUGUAGUACAAAUGCAUAUGCCUAAUGAAUAAUGUGGGUAUGAAGGACAAAUGAUCAAAUUAAACCUGUUCAAAAAUGCACAUAAAGGUAGUUGUGUGAAAAUCAAUGUAUUUGACGUUACUAAAAAAGUGGAAUUAAGGAUAGGUAAAGUUUUAAAAAUUAAUUAGAAUUCAAACCAGAUAGUUGAGACAGACGUAAUUUUUUUAGUGAUGCAUUCUAGAAAUGAGGUCCAUUUCUUUUAAUAAGAACAUGUUGUUUUCAGGUACCAACGAACAUUUUUGAUGUAAUAGUCUUAUACUGGAAUUCAUUUUUGAGCACGUUUAUGUAGUGUAUCGUCUUGCCUUUCAAAAUAUAAAGCAGAGAAAUCUUCUACUGUUAGCAUUUACUAAACUAAAAAUUGCUUAUGGUUUGAGUGUUAUAUUUAUCAUGUAAUGGAAAUUUAUUGUUAUUGUGAUUUUGAAGAUCAACUAUACAUUUAAUAUAAACUCCAAUCAAAAAUAUACUCUUACAUUUAAAUGCGUGUUAUAAGGAGUGUUUCUGAUUUUAAAACCUACAUCUCCUUACCAUACUUUUAAAAUCUUAGUCUCUAGCUUAGUCAUAUAUCGUUUUUAGUUUCUGGGAUUAUAAAAUUGGAAACAUUCCUCAAACUACUAAAAUGUUGAUUGUGGUUUUCACGUUCUAAAUCAACGGUUACCACAGAGAGUAAAAGUGUGCAAAUUAGAAAACUGAAAUUAAGAUAUGAGAGAAAUAGGUUAGUUAAAGGAAAACUCAUAGCUUUGAUAAAAAAACACCAAAUUGAAACAUGUUCCUACGGCCUUAUGGUAUUUUUAAUCAUAGUGGUCCAAAAACAAGACAUAUAUGAAAGACUGGAAGUGUGACAGUUUCUUAGUACUCUUCCAGUGCUUAAUACAAAUUGCAUUGCUGCAGAAAAUAAUAGACACUUAUUUUGGAUUUUUUUAAUAUAUAGCUGGUUUCAUAGUAUUUUGUUUUUGUGACUAUAGCACAUUGCUGAAUCUAUAAUACUUAUAAGAAAUGUGAUAUAGAAUUUGAAUUUGCCUGAUGUCAACUUUUUAAUUGUUACCCAACUUAGCAAUAAAAAUAUUCAUAUGUCACACCAUAAACGGACUAAUUUAGUACAGCAUUAUGAAGGCAUAUGGAGAUUUCAUAUCUUGAACCAUAUAAUAGGGACAUUUAACAUAUAUUUAUAUAACUACCUUACUGGUUGCUGUGUCAUUAUUGUGAAAAAUUUUUUGAAAGCAGUACAACUGUGGGAUACGAGAGUAAAAACAGGCUUCCUCUCUUGUGGUUUAAGAUUUGGAAGGAGAUUAUGACAGUGCUUUUUCAAUCUCAUGUUAACUUUCAAGUUGGGUAACUAUUGGAAGUUAACCAUGUGUUCCCAAAAAUUCGUUUUUCAAGUUCUGGUUAACUAACUUGCAAUAUCUGAUGCGGCAACGUCGCUUCUACAUCUGAACUAUCGUGUUCUGUGGGUUUCGUGACGCUCGAUAGUCAUAUCUCGCUGCAUCUGUGACAACGCAUGUCACUGCCAGGUAAAAUACGUAUAGGUGUAACUGCCGUGGAAAUAUCGUAGAAUUGACCAUUUCAUGAAAUGCCCAACUAAAUUUGAUCAUAUCUUUGAAUCGUAAACGUUUAACGAUUUGGUAAUCCACGAUUAGCCAUACCAUAAAAUAGUGUGUCUAACUAUCCAUAGACUGUUUAAUAAAUAUCCAGAAUAUGUCUAUUGUUGGUUAAUUAUGACAGGAAUUUAAAAUAAAAUAAUUGUAUUAAAACAAUCUUAAAUUGCACAACGUGUCAUAAAUAUAACAUUUUUGAGCAUAUCAGAUAUCACAAAUUAAGUUUUUACUUCGAGUGGCCACAAUACUCUCCUUUGUUUGAUGUACAAACUAAAAAUUGAAUAAAAAUUAAGAUCAGUUUUACAUAAGUACAAUAUUUUAGCUGGCACACGAUUUAGACUUCAAAUAACUAAACGCUUAUGUAAUUUAAGAGUAAAGUACUAACCUGUAAUCACUCUACCGGUUUUUGACGUUUUCUUGCAUUGUUCCUCUUCUAGUAACGAUUUAUUAGAAUGUUGAUUUAGAAAAACAAAUUUUUUACUAAUGAUCGCACUGUUAAUAUGUAAACGAAGCACCUUUAUCGGAAAUUAAUGUAUUGAUUUGGGAUUUUAUCAAACAUGCUUAACCAUUUCAUGAAAUAGCUGCGCGUUUAUUUGAUCAUAUUGAGACAUGCACAUCAUGAUCUGGCCAAUAGAUAAUGGAUACAUUUCGUGAGAUGAUGAAAUGCUCGAUCAUAUAAAAUUGCCAAUUCUACUAUAUGGCCACCACAUAAUUACAACUUUAUACAUAUUUCACCAGUACCUUAUCCUCUGGUUAAAUCUUAACUACCGGUUAGGGCAAACCUGAUAUUGAAAAACUGUUUUAGAGGUUUAACUUCCGGUUAGCAGUGAAAUUUACCUGCGACUGAAAAACUGGGCGUAAGUUAAAUAUCCUUUUAAAAACGCUGAUUAGAUGCCAUCUAAUAUAGAUAUAAUGAAAUAGAGUAGAGUUCAAUUUAUUUUAGCUGUUAUAGUCCGCCUUUAACCAUUUCAUGUUUAAUUUUUUUCCGAUCAUUCAUGGUCAACUGGCAGUAUUUCCCAAAUGCGAUUUAAAUCAAAUUGGUAGCGUGUUGAGGAAUUUAUAAUUGUAUAGUGUAAAUUAGAAUUGUUUAAAUGCACCUACUAUCAUUUUUGAUUGGAUUUUAUUGAUCAUUGUCAUGAAAUCCUGUGUACAGUUGUUCAUUAUCAUUUGUGUAUAUUUUUGCUGUAAUUUGUAAAUAUUUUGUAAAAAAUCGUAAUUUUAUUUCUCUACGGUACCUAAGUCUUUCAUCUUUUGUGAUUUAUGAAUUCGCAAAUGAUUGUACUACUACAUGGAAUCUUCUCAAGACAGCUGAAAUAAUCUAUCGUUAAUCUCAAAUCGGGCGAGCACUUUUAAUAUUAUAGAUGUCCAAUGAAUCACUUCAGUUUCUUAUGUAUUUUUUUAAUUAACAUCAUUAUUUUAAUUUUCUAUUGUGGCAUGAAAUUGGUUUUGGUUUGAUUUUAACACUUUUCUGUUUGCUAGUUGAAUAUCAUUAGUUUUCUAAGCUCUCAAAUAUUUUGAAAAGUUUGCUCAGAAACUAGCAUAUCAUGGUGAAGAACAAAAUAUACAAAAAUAUUAACGAAUUGAAAACAUGAUACAUUUACAAAAAUAUUAUAGUAUUACUUCCUUAUGCAAAAUGUUUUCUGAGAUAAGUACUAUAAGGAGAGGUAACACUUUAACAAAGCCGGUUUCAAUAGUUCAUUAAAACCGAGGUGACUACAUUAUCAGCCCAAGGUACGUUCCUGUAAAUAUGCAUUUGAAGGAAGCUACUAUUAGUCGUCAAAUAAAAAAGUGUCUUUUCUCGUAAUAUUAAAAUUAGGUGUGAUUUAAACUUCUCAAAAGCUUUACAACUGUCAGAAUGCACAAAUUAAUAGUUCACAAUGGGAUCAAAAUAUAUCUUUGUCCAGAUCGAAGAUCUUGCUUGUUUUCUACAUUAUUGAUGUCGUUUUUGUAAAGCGCAUGAUUUACUUCUCUUUUUCAGGAUUAGUUAGUAUUUCUGGGCAAAAAGCUUUAGUAUUUUUAUAGUUUGUCUUUUAUACUGUGAAAGUAUAAGGAAGGCUGAAAAUUCUAACAGUGUUCUGUAUGUUGUAUGUAAAAUGUUUUAGAAUACAGAAAUUGAUGUAUUUGAUGGCUAAAAAGUAAGCGCCCGUCUAUUUGUAAUGGCUAUGAUUUUUUUGUAAUUAAUUAUCCUUUUAUUAGUUAUUUUUUAUAGUAAGGUUAUGGUUAACUAAAAAUUUCUAGCUGUAUCUAUAGUACAGAAUUGUGACUCGUUAUUUUUGAUAAAAACUAUCUGUUAGCUCGAAAACAAAAGAUAAGGUUGGAUAAAGUACAAAAAAAUAAUAUAUGUGAUUGUGUGUAGAACAUAAUUUUUAUUGCUUUGAAAAACAUUUAUUCAAGCAAUUCUGUACAAUACAUAGGUGAUGCUUUGGUUUAUUAUGAUUUUAAGCAUCGGAGUUUGAUGACCCAGUCUAGAUUAGAAUAUAAUAUUGUUAAAAACAAUUAAAUGACAAAUAAUGUAUUAUUAAUUUACAUAAAUAUGCAAUUAAGGUUUGUUAAAUCGUCUGAAGACAAUAAAGUGCUACUGACCAAGGUGGCGACUAGGUUUCAGAUGUCUUUGGAAGGCAAAGAUUAUGUCAGAAAGUUAAGCGUCACCAUUUCUCAGUUAGAUGGUAUACUGCAGAUAUAAUUAGAUACAACUAUAAUUUAGAUUGAUGGCUUUAGAAUGUAUAAAAAUGUGACUAAGCAAGGUGUAAGCAGUGUUUUCAUUGAAUUCCAUAACUUUGUUUGUUAAAGACUAAAGAUUCUUCCGUAAAAUCUUGACAAGGAGAGGUUAAAACCACGCUAAAACGUGCAGCAAUAUAUUUUCAGUUGUUUUCUUAACCCAAAAUCGUUUAAAAUUUAAAUUGUAAUAAAAUAUUAUUUUAUGAUUAUUAAUCCGACUUUUGCCUUUUAUUCUCGCAAAAAUAUUUCUUAAAUUGAAAUUCACAAUCAAUUUCAGUAAGCAUGGGCAUAAAAAACUUCUUUAGUUUUAUAAAGAGUAGAGAUCGGCCAAUAUAAAUUGACAGUUCCCCAUCAAUCUAGUUAUUUAUUUGGGUUCAAGUUGAACCUGAUCAGAAAGUUUGUAUCAUCAAAAUAGGGCAAGGUGAAAUUUUUAACAUUGUUCUUUCUGAAUAGGAUUUAACUGGCUUGGUCACAAACGUCUGGUGUUUCAUUUAUUAAUAUACUUCCUGGUAACAAACGUUAUGUUAAAGAGAAUUAACAGGGUUUUUAUACCAACGGUCAUAUAAAUUUUUAUAAUAAAAAGAGGUUUUAAAAGACUUGCGGGUGUUUAAAAUUUUUAAGCUGUAAGUGCAAUUACAUUCGAAAUGAAAAAAGCUGUUGUGAUAUUUUCUCUGUACAUAGCAAAAAUUCAAACAAAAUUAAUGAUUAUUAUAGGACAAACCUACGCAAUUCUUUAAAAACCUAAAAACUGUAUGUAGAAUGUUUCAAUGUAAUAUAUUUGAAUUGCAUUAUAAUAAAGUGAUUUUUAUUCAUGUUUUGACUUACCCUAGGAUAAAAACGAUAUUCCACAUUGUAAGCCAGGCAAUGGUCUAAGAUAAGCGGCUACUUGAAGAGAAGAUGAGCUAGUUAAGUUUUAG